GCUGCGGGCUGCCGCCGCUACUCCCAGCUCCACUCCACCUCACGAGUCUCGCACCUCCCUCCCCCUCCUUUUUAGGGGGGAAGAGAAAGCAACGAAACGCCGAGAGAGAGGCGAGCGAGCGAGCGGAGCGGGAGGAAGAGAUGGAGCGGGCGGCGCCGGUGAGGAGCUCCCACACCUCCACGGCCGACCUACUCUCGUGGCCGCAGCCCCAGGGCCACGCCCCGGCCGCCACGCCGUCGCCGCCGCGCAGGCCCGGCCAGCCGUCGGAGGCUAUCAGGAAGGUGGUGUUCGGGGGCCAGGUCACCGAGGAGGAGGCCGACAGCCUCACCAAGAGGAAGCCGUGCUCCGCGCCCAAGUGGAAGGAGAUGACGGGGAGCGGCAUAUUCGCUGCCGGGAGCAAUGGCGACGCUGGGGAGGCAGCUGCUGCCGCCGCGAAGCCCGCCCGAACCGCCUCGCGCCAGGCGAUCAGUACUGUAAGCCACAUCUCGUUUGCUGAGGAUGGAACUGAUCCUCCCAAAAAGCCCACUUCAGUAGCUGAGGUGGCAAAGCAGCGUGAGCUUAGUGGUACUCUUCAAAGCGAGGCAGAUAGUAAGAUGAAGAAGCAGAUAUCAAAUGCAAAAUCCAAGGAGCUCAGCGGCCACGACAUCUUUGCUGAUACUCCGGAUUCCAGGUCUAACAGGGCAAGGAACUCAUCAAAUGGCAGCACAGCAUCACACACACCUGUGAAAAAUACAAACGCAAGCACCUUCUCGUUUGGAGAGGCCAACACUGACAGCGCGCCAAAGACAGCAAAGAAGAUAACUGGCAAGAAGGUCAACGACCUCACCGGCAAUGACAUCUUCAAGGGAGAUGCGCCACCAGCUUCUGCAGAGAAGCAUCUGAGCACCGCAAAGCUGAAGGAGAUUACUGGAAGCAACAUUUUUGCAGAUGGUGGGAAGGAGCCAAUCCGUGAGCGUGUAGGUGGAAACCGCAAACCUCCUGGCGGCGAGAGCAGCAUUGCGCUGAUUUAGCAUAUCCUGGAAUGGUGAUGGACCCUGUCUUAGUCCGGGACUCCGUGUCGACCCCCUAUAGGAGGAUGUCGAUGAGGAAGGCUGUUGGAUCGUCAGUUUGGUGUCUUGUUCUUGAUCAUGAUCCGGCAGUGAAGAGCCCUGUUUUAGUCCUGAUGAUGAUCUAGUUUAACUGUUGGUGUGUGCAUGUUUGGUUUGGUUGUGAGAUACAGAUACCCAUGCCAUUCUCAUGUCAGUGUGUAGUGUGUACGGUUGAUAUGUUUUUUACAAAUAAUAACUUGAGUCUGAACCGAGCUCACGUCUUGCACCAUCAAAUUACUAGCAACAGUGUAUGUACCAAGCGUUUUCAAUUUGCAA